UGUGACGGGUUGUUGAGUUUGUAGUGAUAGGCAACGUCAAUUGUCAAAAUUUUAUUUAAAUUUGAAUGAACGUAAACAGUGGACUAUUCGAACGUUUUAAUUGUAUAAACACAUAAAUUAGUUUCUUCCUGAUUUUUUAUUUUGACGAAAUAUAAUUUGAUAAAUAUGUUAUGCAAAAGUUUUCACAAGGGCAAAUACUAUAUAUCAUUUAAACGGGGCUUUGAAGAGCACAAGAAGGAUAUAACAAUUUCUGUUGAUAAACUAUUUGACAAAGAUUGUUUGAAAUUGACACUGGCUGAUGACGAGGACCCGAUGUUUUUAUGUAAAAUACAAAUUACUCGUUGCGACUAUGAAGAAUUAAAAAAGCAACAGGGCCUACUAAUUGAUUUUGACAACUUUCCUUCACAAGUAGUGAGGUUGCUGCAGCAAUGUACUGCUAAUAACAUGUUCCUUAUAUUGAAUCAAAUCAACCCAGUUAUAUAUAACUUUGAAGUGGUAGAGCACAAUGAAUUUAAGCGACUGGUACAUUUGUGUUUGAAGACAGGACCAGCAUGUGAUGAUGAUGUUAAACAGCACAUGGCUGAAACAAUUGCAGAUCUAAAGAAGUCACUGUCAGCAUUAAAAAGUUCAAGCACAAGUAGUGAGGCGUUAUGGAAUGAAAGGUGUGCAAAGAUGGAAGUUAAAAUUCAUGAUAUGACAUUAGCAUUAGCAAAAAUGGAAGAAGAUAAGCUUCGGCGGGAAAGUGAAUAUCAAGAAGCAUUGAGACAAGAGAAAGAUAGACUUACACAGGAAAAAGUGCAACUUCAAAAAGCAGCAGAUCUAAAUGUUAAGAAUUUUGUGGCAAGUUCACAACAGAAUUUAGCAGCUAAAGAUAAACAAAUAGAGGAAUUGAACCAAACUUGCAGACAGUUGAGGGACAAUAUAUCACAAUUAGAACGCCAAAUAAGUGACAAAACACAAAGAACAAUGUAUUUAGAGAAAGAAGUUCAAAAGUUUCACCUAGAAGUGACCACACUCACAGCAAAGAAUACUUCACUGGACAGAGAAAUUAGUGACCGCGAGAAACAAAUUCACCACUUGAACAUGAAGUGUGGCUCUUUAGAAAAGACUGUCAAAGAUAAUUCAGAUGUUAUCAAGGAAUUAAGUGAAAAUGUUCAAACAUUGAGUUUGGAAAAGAACAGCUUAGAAAGGCGGUUAUCGCUGAGCGAAUCACUUGCAAAUAGGAAUAAUGAAGCAGCACAGUCCACAUCGGAACAAUUGCUGAAGGCUAAUCAAAUUAUUUCUAAACAAAAUAAUGAUAUAAUAGAAAUGAAAGAUAAGUUAUUAUGUAGAACUGCAAUCGCACUUGAGCAAGAGAAAGUCAUAGAACGAAAUGCUAAAGAAAUACAAGACCUCAAAUCGGAAAUACAAUUAGCAAACAAUAGUAUGGAAAAGUUAAAAUCGGAGCUUGAUACUUUGAGAGAAAAAUGUGAACUCAAUGAAAUUGCAUUGAAAGAUAAAGAUGAAACGAUUAAAAAUAAUAACAUGGUGAUCCAAUGGUUACACAAGAAAAUGGAAGAGAGUUUCCCGCAUCCAUCGGAAAAACGACCUGGUGUCAAUGUAGCCAGUUCAACGCCAUAUUUUCUAAAUAGAAAUAGUAGUGUCAUUCAAGAGUCGGACGAAUCCAUAAAUUUCUAUGGCACCUCUAAAUCAAACAUAGAAGACAGUCCAAAUUAUACACAAACAACAGAACGAACUAAGAAGGGAUUAGAUCCCAAAUAUCUAAAGCCUGUCAGUGAAGAAAAUAAAGGAAAGAAGAAAGACAUCAUCAAGCCAAAUACACAACAAAAUAAAGGAAAAGAAAAUAAGAAUAUAGAAUUACCCAAAGUUGACUAUAGAGAAAAGAAAUCUUCGAAGCCUACGACAUUUCGUGCCACACCCGUAUCUGCAUAUUUUCCUUAAUAUUAUAAUUGGUUUUAUGCAAAAUAUUUCAGAUUACAAAAGUAUUUGUGUCCUAUCUGUGUAUAACAUGUUAAUAAAUAAUUUUAUGAGU